UGUGAUAUGGAAGACCUGAAGACUAAUGAGUCAAGCUUGCUCAAGUCUAGAGACCAGAUUGGUGCCACUAAACAGAGCUCUCCUGAGAGUACUAUGGGAGGUCAUGAUAAGAAUAUGCUUAACUCUGACAUACCUGAGGAGCGCACUUUGGGCAGCCAGGCUAGUUUGAAAAGGGAUAAGGAAGUACUAAGCUCGAAUAAAAUCAAGAAAUUACUCAGAAUGAAUGUAGAAACCGUAUAUGCUAAACACCAAAUAGUUGAUCCAGCAUUACAACAAUUCACUAGGAUAAUUAAAUAAAAACAAGCGGAUCGGAUCAGCAAGAGAAAGGAAGAUAUCCUCAGCUCAUUCCAAAAGAUCUUGAACUUCGAACAGAGAGACUCGGAGGAACAUAAUGUUUCAUGCGAAACCAAUGACUUCUAAGGGGACUAGUAGGAAUAUCUUGAAUCCAGAGUCCAGGCUGAAGCCCUCAGGCACUAUACCUGCUGUCAAGAAGCCUAAUAUUAACGAUUAUGCUAUUCUUGCGACCAGCAAGAAGCAGGCAAAGGUUCUACCUUAUAAACUUCAAAAGAAUGUGCCUAGAAGUAAUAUUACUUCAAGGAGACGAACCAGAAAGAAGCCUGUUAAGAAGGAACCAAAGGAAGAUGAAGACAAUGGAACUAACAUAUUUGAACUGACUCAAGGAGAUCCCUUCUCCAGCCCAAGUGCUAAAGAGUAUCAGCUUGAGAAUAUCAGUAAGAAGGUUCAAUCUACUCCUGUGUUUAAAAAGAAGAAGCAGAAUUCAACCCAGAUGAGCAAUUUUUUUAGCCCAAAAAGGCUCACUACCUUCUCUAAUACAGAUCAGAUAGGCGUUAAGCCAACAAAGAAGGAGAAGGCUAUCAUUCAAAUGAAGGAUUUCGAGGAAGACUAUAAUGUUGAAAGGAUGCAUCAGAAAAUAAAAGAAAGAGUCAAGACUGAAUACCAAGGAUUUCUCGCGUAUGACUCAAGUAUUUGAAGAAGUCUGACUAUGAACACUGCUGUAGUGCCAAAGGAUCAAUCAAAGACAUGGAAAGUUAUUGGUGAAGAAAUAGCUGAAGUUACUAGGAAGCCUGACGUUGCUAGGUUCCUUCGUGAGCAGGAUUUCAAGGAAGAGCUCACUUCUAAAAAGAAGAGAGAUCUUCUCAAAUUUAAUCUCAAAGCAAAAAGAGCAGAAUUGAAGAAACUAAAAGUAGAAUACAGAUUCCUCUGUAUCGAAAAAGUCAACUGGUGGGAUGAAAAGAAAGAUACCCUCCGACAAAAGAUCAAUCAGUGCCAAUGGGAAAUUGACUUUGAAGAGCUUGAGACUGACACACUUAACCACAUGAUUGAUAGAGAUAAUAAAUUGCUCGAUAUCAGAAAGAUCAGAUCAGCUGAGAUCCAGUCCGAACUUGAUAUCUUGUCCCAACAGAUUGGUAUUUCAGAUGUCCAGAAUACAAUAAAAUUGAAUGAUGUGGCCAACAUCAAGGGAAAUAUUCGUGCUGAAACCCAAGAAUGGGAGUUCAUGAAAUUCAAGAGAAAGAAGCAGCUCAAGAAUGCUAUGCUAGAGCUCGAAAGAUUUACAAGGCUCAAAGAAAUAUUUGAACUAAAAUAAGGUUAAAAUUGAGCAAGAAAAACAGGAUUUGAUCGAAUAUGAGAACAAAAUACAAUUUUAUAACACACAAAUGAACAAGAAGCAUGCUAAAGACAAGAUUCGUCGUAACAAGAAGAUCACAGAAAUGACCUUGAAGUACCAAUCUGAGUUUGUGAAGCUGAGGGUGAACAAUUUCGAAACCUUCUUGUCUAUGAAACCAAACCUGAUCAAGGUAGACACUUUGGAGGAAGAAUAUCAGCAAAAAUUGGAAAAAAUGAGAGUUUUAGAGACUAAACUAGAGGUCUUGAAGCUACAAAAAUUACAAGAAGAAGAACAAGAGAAGAACAAAUUGGAGCUUCAGAGCAAAGCUCUGAUCGAAAAAAAUAAUCUCUUGACUUCAGCUGAAGAUAUUUACAGGGAAGAUUUGGUGGAGAUCAAGGCUGCUCACACAGAGAAAAUGCGACAGAAGCUAUACAAGAUUGCAGGUGUCGAACAAGACAAGAGUGUUCUUCUGCCUAUUGCAAAAGAGGCUCAAGUGAAUUUUAGUAAUCUGAUUAAUUCUCUUGAGAGAUUACACUACGUGAUCAAGACAAAUGGGUUCCUUCAGGAGAAGAAAACAAGGAAGAAGAAAAAAAGGAAGAAGUCAAAGCUACUAUUCACAAAAUUCACAGCUGUCAAGAGCCCAAGGAAGACGCAUAAGCAAGACUUCAAGUUUUCCAUGACCCAAAAUCUGUACAACACGCUCAAAUCAGACACAAAUUCGCUACAUGCUGGGAGCAACCUCCUUGAGAAGCCGGGCUCCGAAGACAAAUCAGACAUGUCUUCAUUUCAGAGAUCGACUGAGCUAGCAGAGAUCUCAGAAUCCGAAAACGUUAGUGAUGCCAGUGCUUCUCAAAGAAGCAGUGAGACUCCUGUGGAGAUUCAAGAGGUUCAAAAGCUCGAUCUUUAUAACGGAAAACGCAAAUAUUUGUUGUCUAUUGUGGGAAAUAUCAUGUACAGGCUAAAUCAUGAUCCUUUAUGGCUCAGUAUUGUCAAUAAAAGCAGGAAGAAUUCUGAAUCCAAGAAUUAAUAGACAAGUUCUAAACCGAUGAUAAAUAAUAUUUGUUAGCAGGGUUCAGACAAAAAUUUGUUCUUAU